AUGAUAGCUGUGGAACCUUCCAGUCCAGAGGCAAUAGCUCUCCUAACACCAGAUGCUGUGGGUGAUUAUGUGGCAUGGAAUCAGCCCAAAAGGGAAAUGAUUAAGCCAGACACUGCUUACCAUCCACCAGAUGCAAAAUUUGAUCACCGGACCACUGUCCAGGAUGCUUAUCCCUACAAGGGGCCAGUUGUUACCAAGAGCUGCAAGCCUUUUCAGACACCCCACAUCUCCAAGAUUCCCUUGGAUGAUAUGACAAACUAUAAGUUGAAUUACGUACCACAUCCUUUGGCCAAACGCUAUGUCCAUGAAUAUGUGCCAUACAAGCCCAAUGAAGUCCCAUUUGACGGUCUCACCACACACAACCUUUCUUACAAAGGGUUGGCAGGAGAGCCGGCUAAGUCUUUGAAGCCACCUCAUAAAUUGCCAGAGCAGGACAAUCCCUUUGUUGGUACUACUGAAUUUCAGGAGAAGUUCCAAGCUUGGCCAGCACCUGCUCCCUUUACCAAAAAACGUGAUGUCUAUGUAACACCCAAGAUCAAGAUGGAUCUCAAGACAACUGCACAGAUUCAUUAUGGAAAUCCUCAUGGCCGGCCAGCAACAUCAUGUAAACCACCUGCCCGCGUUCAACAAAGCACAGAUCCUUUCGACUACAGAUCCACAAUGAAAGAUGAUUACCAGCCUUGGCAAUAUACAAAACCAAAUGCCAUUUUCCCUAAAUCAACUAUCACAUUGCCAGUUGAACCCAUGGACACACUGACCACUUUUCAGACCCAUUAUGUGCCUCACCCACUUUCUGUCCCUAAAAGCUUCAGACCCCGUUUACCUGGCCCUAAGCCACAUGUUCCAUUUGCCCAGGAAACCACCUAUGCCACGAGCUACACCGCAAAGAAACCAGUCAUGUGCCCUGCAUCUUUCAAAGAGCCACCUGGUUAUGUAUUUGAAAAAGUUGAUGAAGGGGGCCACAGACGAUUCCGUCCUGCUUCUGUCGCCCGAUCCCAAUGUCCCUCAAAUUCAAAUAUGGUGGAUUGCAGAGGCAGCCUUUCUCAUGGUGGACUAAAACAAACAGGCUCCAAAGAAGUAGCAUUAGGAGCCUGA